ACCAACCACGUAGGAUUCAAAGCUAUCUUCAGGUCUCAUCUUCUCUUCAUAACUACGUCCCAGGUCUGAUUCUCUCAAGCGGCACCUUAAAAUCCAGAACGAUAGAUGGUGAUAGAUCGCAGUCAUGCGCAUCCUCAGACUCGCAGCCCUGGGUGCAGCCCUCGCAACUGCGGUCGAAGCCUUCACCCCGCUCAACAUCACGGCACUCUCAACCCGCGACGGCUACUCCGUCAUCGAAUGCUGGCAACUCACCUCCGUCCCCGUCGAAGCCCGCGCGGCUCUCAACUACGCCCUCGGCGGCGAUCUCACGCGCGCAGAGUGGUCCAUCAUCCAGCCCAGAACGACGGUCGGAGAGGCUUGGGCGCCGGCUGUGCAGCUGACAGUCGUCCUCAACGGUCUCAUCCGCAUCACAUCGCCAGCACCGCCAAGGAACGCGUCGCAGGCCACGCCGUCACCCCCGUCACCCGGAAGCGGCAGCAGCAGUGGCGACGACGACGACGCAUCGGCAGCACCUCCGGCGCAGACGACGGCGUACAUCCAGCCGGGCACAGUAUCCUCGUCGCUCGUCAUCGCGGCAGACUUGAAGAACGUGAGCGUGCACGCGGGGCACUUUACCGAGUUUCCCGAUGACGAGCCGACGGUGCUGGUGCAGGUGCCGUUUGCCGGGGACGCGGCGCCGGAGCAUGUUGUCGUGGGAGAGGGGCCGUGUGGAAGGGGGAGUUGGGGCGCUGCGAUGGGCGGUGGCAUCUGACUGAUGGCUACAGGAAGAAUAGCGUGUCUUGCUUGUGAUAACGGCGAUAGCUCGUGCCGUCAGUUAGUCACAUAGGUACGACAUGUAUGCAGCUUAUGAUCCGUCCCGA